AUGAAUGAAGCAAUGAAUACUUCAGAGAUUGGAGUUCAAAAGCCUGAUUCUGCUAGUGCAAAACUGAUAUUGCUUAUUGAUUCCUCAAUGAAGAUAUCUUUCAAUCGCUGCAUUAGAGAUGGAGAUUUGAUUAUUGCACAUGAGAGGCAUGAUACUAUGAAAGCUGUUAAAGGCAGUGCUGAUGAAUUGAAUAGAGGAUAUUUUGAUGAUAUAUCUGAGCUAAAACAAAACGGUGGUAAGAUUGCACUGGCAAAUAAGAUUCUAAUUCCCGGAAUUGCAGCAAGGAAGUUUCCUGCCGUGGAUGUUAUAUAUUCUGAUGGUAGAAAAUCAAAGCUGCCGACUGUUUUUGAUGCAAGUGGCGUUGAUGCUAGCAAGUUGGCUGUCCCUGAAGCAUCUUUAGUCUGUCUAUCAUUUAGAGCAAACUCUCAGGAUAUUCAGGGUGAGGGAUUUCCCGAUCAGUUUUCUGGGUUGGCUGACUCCUUAUUUCUGGACCUACCGCAACCUUGGCUAGCCAUUCCUUCAGGUUGA